CUGCGCGCCGGAGAUCCGGGCAGCACCGAGACGGAACCGCGGCACGACAGGAGUGGCGCUGAGCACAGCGGCGCCGGAGCCGGGAGGGACGGAGAGCGGCACCGGGCCGGGGAAGGAACCCUGCGCACCCAUCAGCCACCUCUGUGUGGGGAAUGGAGGAAUGGGGAAGAGCUGAGCGCCGGCUUGCCACAGGAGCUGCGCGGAAGGAGAAGAAGCUGGGCCCAAAGCAUCUCUGUGUUUUUAAUGUCCCUUCCCAACCCAGCCGUUCCAACACUCCAUGUUUCCGCGCCGUCCACCUGAAUAUCAGUGGCCUCCUGCUGCUCCUCGGAUGGCUGGGGAUCCUCCCCCAGCACGGCAGCGCAGGCAGCGAGCCCAGGGGCAGCCGGCCCUGGUGGCGGAGCAGCCGUGCCUCAUGCCGUGAGCUCACGAUGCUCAGCCUCGUGCCGUGAGCUCACAAUGCUCAGCCCAUGCUCCCAGGUGUUCCGUGCCGGCCAGCGGCACUCACUUGGCUGCAGCGCUGGUGGUGGCAGCAUGGCACGAGUGUGGGGGGCUGCGGCCCCCACCCGCCUUGCUCUCCUCCUCCUACUGGUGGCCAUGUGUUUCCAGGAGACUCGUGCUGCUCCGUGGCGAGCACCAGCAGAUGAUGACGCUGAUGCUCCUUAUCCAGAUGAUUGGGUGGACACUGCUUUUGUGCCUGAGGGGAACCCCAGAGGUCCUCUUGGUGAAUUACCAGAGCGGAGUCCUGUUGCUGAGCCUGGGCUGGAUGCCAGAGGUCCUGAGAGAUGGAAUGAGACAUUGAGAAUUGGAGAAUAUCCGCAGAGGCUCUCCCAUGUCCUGAAGAAAAUCAUGAAGGAGAAGGCAGCACACGAGACAGACGGAGAGCCUGAGCACAGGGAUGCAUUUCAGGGAGGCAGCCGUCGCAUGCCGCACGUCCCUCCGGGAGAAACAGAGGCCAAGCACACGACUGGCGCUCCAGGUAAAGCCCCUCCUAGAGCUCCAUGGCCGUGGUCAGAGGUUGCUGCCCUUCCAUCACACUCAGUUCCCAGGGAUUUAGGAACUUUGGCCAGGGGAACCACAUUCAGCAGGUGAGGAGAGGAAAUAGGACCCUCCGACGUACCUCCCUCCCACAGUCCCUGCAUUCCAGAGCUUGCUGUGCCCCCCUUGAGGCACGUGGCACACCAGCAGCCUGCAGUGGGAUCCCUCCUGCAAACUGAGCUCCAGAGGGACGCACUGGCUCCUAGAUGGGGCAUAGAUGGAGCCUCCCCGUCCUGCCUCCUCUUUGCCUGCACCAUGCUGAGACUUUGCCUUUCUCUCAUUCUUCACUGUGCUGUUAGAGCCCCAGGCAGCCCAGCACAACUGGAUCCGUGGUUCUUUUCUGAAGAACCCGGGUGAGCAACAAUCAGGCAGGAGUUCAUAAAGGGGAGGAAACUAGGAGCAUGCAAGUUGUGCCCACGCCGGGAGAAAGGCAAAAAGGGAGAGGCAGGUUCAGGUGCCUGCGGAGAGGGCCUGACUCUGCCUCCGAGGAGCAGGUUCCCAGUGAGAGAGGGGAGCUCAGGGCUUGUUCUUGUCCAUGUCACUCAUAGCAGCAAUUGGUUAAAGAGAUUCACACGCUCUCCUUCUGCUCUAAGGAAUUUUCUUUAGUCAGACAACGUGCCCCAAGCGGUCACGAUGUGCCUGCAGCAGCACUAC